GCAGCAGUGAGGAGACAGAGUCAGGAAAUAGAGACGAUCAGGAGAGAAGGACGCGGGGAGGACGCUCCGACCGAAAAGCGGAUAAAUCUGAGAUUUUCACCGAGCAGAGGCUCUGAUUCGGAGUCACGAUGAACCUGUUCGUGGUGUUCGUCCUUCUGGGGACGGCGCUGACCGUAAACUGCGAAAAACACUCCCUCCAUUACAUCUACACGGCGCUCUCCAAACCUGUCGGCCUUCCGGGCAUCCACGAGUUCACAGCCAUGGGUUUGCUGGACGACAGGAUGAUCGACUACUUUGACAGCGAACAUCAGGCAAAGGUUCCCAGACAGGAGUGGAUGAGAGAGCGUUUACCUGCUGAUUACUGGGAUAAAGGCACACAGUCCCGCAAGAGCAAGCAGCAGUGGUUCAAGGUCAACAUCGGCAUCCUGAUGGAGCGAAUGAGACAGAAUGACUCUGCCAACCCUCAUGUUCUUCAGUGGAUGCACGGCUGUGAGGCUGAAACGAAUCCUGACGGCACGCUCAGGUUUGUCCGAGGCAUGGACAUGUACAACUACGACGGAAACGACUUCCUGUCCUUCGAUGAUAAAAACGGAGUCUGGGUCGCUCCGAUUCCGGAGGCAGAACUCACCAAGAGGAAGUGGGACGGCGUCCAGGUGCUGAAAGAGUACACCAAGGGAUACCUGGAGAACGAGUGCAUCGAUUGGCUGAGCAAGUUUGUGGGUUAUGAGGAUAAGCAGCUAAAAAAAGCCUCUCCACCUGACGUGUACGUGUUUGCAAAGACGGCCAAAGUGGACACAAACCUCAUCCUGACCUGCCUCGCCACAGGCUUCUACCCCAAAGACAUCAAAAUGAGGAUCAAGAGGAACGGACGUGUUCUGACUGUAGACGACGGCCUGAGGACCUCAGGAGUUCUUCCAAAUAACGAUGACACCUUCCAGAGACGAGACCAUGUGGAGAUUUUGAAGUCUGACCUGUCAAAGUUCAGCUGUGAAGUCGAUCAUGAUGCAUCCAAUGUGCAUGAAACCAAAUUUUGGGAUCACAAGGUCGGAGACCCAGAGCCUCCUGGUAACAUGGUUGGUACCAUUGGUGGAGUGAUAGGAGGCCUGCUCUUCCUGGUUGGUGUUGGUGUUGGUGUAGCUGUGUUUGUGGUGCUCCGACGUCGCAGAAACAAUGAUGACUCCAGGACUUCUACUCCACUGGGAAGUGUAUCAGUGGAAGUAGAUAAGAAGGCUGAUGCUAAAGAUGAGAAGGCUGAGGAAACCGAACCUCUCACAGGCAGUGACAAGUCCCUUGACAAAGUGUCUAACUCCAGCAGCGAUGACUCUGGUGUCUCUUCUGAUUCUGACAAACUCACUCAGGCCCAGGAGUGAUCCUGAAUCUUCAGCUACAUCAAGUUUCAUCACAGCACUUAAAGACUCGCAUGAACUAGAUUAUUGGCAUACAGGCUACAAGAGCAUAAUUUAAAAAAUAAAUAAAUAUAAUAAUGAUAAUAAUAAUAAAAUAUAAAUUGUUUAUUUUGCACUUUACAGAUUAAAAAUCUGAUGGAUCAGUGGUAUAAUGUGGUUCUUUAGCUUUCCAUGAAAUGGGUUUUAAAAGUGUUCAUGCUUCCUCAAUCUGAACAUUCAUGACAGCAAAAUUUAUAUGAGUCAGUUUUGAUCCAGUUUAAGGAACUACAGGAAACAAAAUUAAGUUUAAAACUGUUAGAGUAAAUCAUAAAUCUGAAAACAUGUUUGUAUAGAUUAAUAUUUGAAACAUUGUCACUGGUUUAUGCACCUAUGAGAAUAAAAUAAGAGACACAAACUUCA